AAGGUUCAACGACCCAAGCUCCCUUACUCCAAGUGUCACUUUCAGCCGAUCCUCCCGUCGCUGGACAAAAGGAUACAUUUACUGUUUCCGGAAAAUUGUCAGAGGAUGCUACCGAACAAACCAAACUUGCGAUUUCAUUUGUUGAUUUAAAUAAAAAUCCCAUAGGACACCCCACUGUUGUUUCUGCUUGUUCUGGAAGUGGAUGUAGAAUUAAAGCUGGUGACCAAUAUACCCAAACGGUGGAUGUUCAAGUACCAAACAACUUACCUAGUAAGUACGUUUUGGCAGUUGGUGUUGGAAAUACAGUAUCUGAUCCUUUAGGCUGUGCAUUUGCUAUUAUAUAG